UAAAUGCCUGUGAAGUCAUUUAACUUCCUCGGCAGAACUACUGAGCUCACAUCCCAAGACACUGCAAGCACAGGGGACCGCUUUUCCGACUUCUUGUUGAAGUUUUAUCGAGAUGUUUUGCCCACUUUUCUUGUGCGUAAUGGUCGCACUGGCGUCCUCGGUCAGAGCCCAGACCUCCAGCCGGUUUGUGAUCGGAUGUCCUGCUAGAUGUGACAAGUCGAUGUGCCCCAGGAUCCCCGCAGACUGUCCUGCUGGACAAACUCUGGACGCCUGUCAGUGCUGCACGGUGUGCGCAUCCGGAGAAGGUGAAGCCUGCGGCGGCAGCGGGAAGCUCGGGGACCCGGUGUGCGGCGAGGGGCUGGAGUGCUCCGUGUCCGGCGGAGUGGGGUCCACGGCCACCGUCAGGAGGAGAAGCAAAAGUGGCGUGUGUGCGUGUAAAACCACAGAUCCGGUUUGCGGCAGUGACGGGGUCUCGUACAGAAACAUAUGCGAGCUGAAGAGAGUCAGCCGGCGGGCGCAGAAGCUGCAGCAGCCACCUGUGCUCUUCAUUCAGCGGGGAGCCUGCGGGAAAGCCCAGGACAACCCAGACAGCCCGAGACACAAAUACAACUUCAUCGCAGACGUAGUGGAGAAAAUUGCUCCAUCUGUGGUUCACAUUGAACUCUACCGCAAAAUGACUUAUUCCAAGCGAGAGGUGGCGGUGGCCAGCGGCUCUGGCUUCGUGGUUUCCGACGAUGGCCAAAUAGUGACCAACGCUCACGUGGUGGCCAACAAGCACCGCGUGAAGGUGGAGCUGAAGAGCGGCGCUACGUACGACGCCAAGAUCAAAGACGUGGAUGAAAAAUCCGACAUCGCUCUGAUUAAGAUCGAAGCACCGACCAAGCUUCCCGUUCUUCUGCUGGGCCGCUCUUCAGAUCUCAGACCGGGUGAGUUUGUGGUCGCCAUUGGCAGCCCGUUCUCCCUGCAGAACACGGUGACCACAGGAAUUGUCAGCACCACUCAGAGAGGAGGACGAGAGCUGGGCCUGCGCAACUCUGACAUGGACUACAUCCAGACGGACGCCAUCAUCAAUUACGGCAACUCAGGAGGGCCACUUGUCAAUCUGGACGGCGAGGUAAUUGGAAUCAACACGUUGAAAGUGACUGCUGGCAUUUCCUUCGCCAUCCCGUCCGAUAAGAUUCGUGAAUUCCUUGCUGAGUCUUAUGACAGGCAGUCCAGAGGUACAACUGCAACUAAGAAGAAGUACAUUGGUGUCCGGAUGAUGACGCUCACUCCUGCACUGGCCAAAGACCUGAAAACUCGACUACGUGACUUCCCUGACGUCACCUCUGGAGCGUAUGUGAUGGAGGUCAUAGCAAAGACUCCAGCUGCAGUAGCUGGACUCAAAGAGCAUGACGUGAUCAUCUCCAUCAACGGUCAAAGGAUCUCAUCAGCCACAGACGUCAGCACAGUCAUCAAAACCGGCGACAGCCUACGAGUUGUGGUGCGGCGCGGGAAUGAAGACGUCAUUGUCACUGUGGUCCCCAUGGAGAUAGAUCCUUGACCCCUAAAGAGACCUCAAAGAGUAGUUUGAACUUCACCAGCAGACCUUAUUGUGGAGGUGGGGGUCUCAUGACCGGCCCCCUCUGUGUCUGAAAGCCAAGCAUCGCUCAACACUGACUCUGGCUUGAAGAAUAAAACACCAUGGACGCUCUGAUCGCAACUUUAUGAAUUUCACUUUUAUCCUUCAGUGUUUUGAUCAAUGUUGCUUGGUCACAAACACUUUUUUAAUCCUGUUUUUUUUUUGUGUUGGACAUUAAAGUCCUACUGGUCAAUUCCACUCAUUUUUUAAACUAACUUCACGAGUACUGUAGAAUGUUUUUAU